CCGUUGAACCUCCUCGAAGAAGAAGUUUACAAAUAUAUUUUUAAGGUUGUAUUAUAUAGCUAAUGUGUUCAAGUAACCGGACGUUGACGAUGGACUCCACUGUACUGCUUCUAUUGAUAAUGUUCGCUGUUUUAGGUAAAGUUGUUGGAGACAGAAGACUGAGAUUUGUAACGGUGCUCUACCGCCAUGGUGACCGAUCCCCAGUCAAAGCCUACCCCACUGAUCGCUACCAGGAGAGCUCUUGGCCACAGGGCUUUGGACAGCUCUCGCAGGAAGGAAUGAGGCAGCACUUUGAGCUGGGACAGGUCCUGCGGAAACGCUAUCAGGGUUUUCUAAAUGACACCUAUGACCGACAUGAGAUUUCUGUGAGGAGCACAGACUAUGACCGGACCUUGAUGAGUGCAGAGGCCAACCUGGCAGGAUUGUACCCUCCCAAUGGGUCACAGGUCUUCAACCCAUCACUGGAGUGGCAGCCUAUUCCUGUUCACACUGUACCCCUGGAUGAGGAGAGGCUUUUGUCAUUUCCCAUUCCGGAUUGCCCUCGUUAUAAAAUCCUCAUGAUUGAGACUGAACGCACAGCAAAGUACCUCAACAUGACAUUUCUAUACAAAGAUCUAAUAGCGACGGUACGGGAGAAAACUGGUCUGAAGAACACCACCAUUGAGACUGUUUGGAGUGUCCAUGACACCCUGUUCUGUGAGGCAAGGCACAACAUGACCGCUCCUGACUGGGUGACCCCUGAGAUCAUGGAUGAUCUGAGGAAGCUCAAAGACUUUGGCUUUGAAAUCCUGUUUGAGGUCUACAAGCAUCAGGAGAAAAGCCGUCUCCAAGGAGGUGUCCUCUUGGGUAGCAUUGUAAAUAACAUCUCGGAGUCUGCACUUCCCGACUCCAAUCGCCGUCUGAAGAUGAUGAUGCUCUCUGCGCACGACACCACCAUUGUGGCUCUGCAGUCAAGUUUGAGUAUCUUCAAUGGAAAGCAGCCGCCCUAUGCCUCCUGCCACAUAUUUGAACUCUAUCAAGAGGACAACGGAUCAUUCACAGUGGCCAUGUUUUAUCGCAAUGACACCACAAGAGCGCCUUACCAACUGGCUAUACCUAGCUGUGACCUCUUCUGCCCCCUGGAGGACUUUGUGCGCCUCACCAAACCAUCCAUCCCAGAGGAUUGGGACAGGGAGUGCAUGGUUGAGUCUCCUACAAAGGAUACAGAGGUGGUCAUCGGACUAGCAGUUUGUGGCUGUUUGCUCUUCCUCCUUAUCGUCCUCCUGCUCGCUGUGCUUUGUCGGCAACGUGAUCCCUCCGACGGCUACAGUCACAUUCACAAUGAGAUUGAAUCUUGACAAAAGUACAAACUCCACCGUAGGCAGGAUUCCUGGGAGAAUGAAGAUGUUGUUUGAAUGCCUCCCAGCUCUGCCCUCUGGUGGGGGAUGCAGGAAAAGGGAACACUAGACUCCUUUUUAGUGCAACUUUUUACAUAAAAAAAAAAAAGGAUAAAAUAAUUUUCCUUCAAAGGGGACUGUGACCUUUCACCAAAAAUGCACAGAAACUUACUGGGGAGGACAAAGGUUAUCUAGUCUUCUAGUCAACUGUUGUCAUGGUAAGUAUUCUUAAGCUUGUGAAUGAAGUUGGUUACUGCAUUCGGACAAAAAUGGCUUUUUUAAAUGUUUUCAAAUACUACUUGCACUCAUGGGUCCAAGUCACCUGACCAGCAUUCUUACAAAAUGUGGACCACUGGAUGCUUCAUGCUUGUUUGAUUCUCCACUUGGAGAAUAAUGAUCAUUGUGACACUGAACCCGAGGACUGCUUGUGCUUCAUUCUUUCCAAGGAACAGAUUUUGGCCGACUGUACUGCGCAUUCUUCUACCAAGUCAUUUGAUAAAGAAUACUAUUAAUUUCCUCUGGUGGUGAUUGUCAUGGUACUUGGAGAAGCCUUAACAUCAUGGUAGUCUUGGUAAAGGCUUUGCUCUAUAUGUCAGAGGCAUGUACUACUAACAAGCCUGUCAUGCUUUGUGCCUAGGGCUGUUAGAUUUAAUUUAAGGCACGGUAAUUCAUUUAUUUGCUGAAAAAGCUACAUGUAUCUAACAGUGUGACUGCCCUCUUUCUGCUCUUUUAAAACUGCCUCUGAGGUUUAGACCUUAUUUUUUUAAGGAACGUUAUGUUUUCUUUUUAAAGUAAAAAUAAAAUAAAAAAUAUUACAAUAUAAAUACAGUAUGAUACCUUCAAGUUAGUGAGUGCAGUGUCCCCCACUGAGUUCCCAUCAAACAAGUCACUCCGACCAAGUUAAAGACAGCUUCAGGUUGGAUAUUCAACGGAUAUCUGCCUGUAGUUUUCCUUACAUCCAGCAACCGCAGUUAGGAACGGUCAACCGUGACAAAUCACAUUUUUCUAAUUUCAAUAGCUCUUUAACCGUUACUCCUAAAACUUUCAAAACUGGUUAUAGCUAACCUGAUGGCAUAGACACACAUUGCACACUUUUUUUGUGUGUCAAUUUUAAAUCUCACACUAUUUUAAAUUAUCUAUUUUUUUUACAUUUCAAUAGGUCCUUGGUUAUGUGACCUGACUUCAAACAAGGUUCAGAAUGUACACUCAGCGGGCCUACACAUUGCACACCCUUUAGUUAGUCCAUUUUAAUCUCACAAGAUUUUACAUUAAUGUUCUAAUUUCAUUAGCUCCUUGGUCAUGUGACCUGACUUCAAAACAAGGUUCAGAAUGUCCAAUGACUACCCUUGUAUAUUGCACACUCUUUAGUUUAUCCAUUUAUCCACGAUAUUACAUUUAAUUUUUCAAACUUUAUCAUUUAAAUUUCUCCUUGGUAAUGUGACAGACUGACCUCAAACUACUUUCAGAAUGUCCACGGACUGGCGCCACGAGGCAUCCAGUGCGGUAAUGCGGCCGAUCCCGGAGAAGCUGGCGGGAGCCCUGGAAUGGGUUUGCCACGAGGGAGGGGCCCAAGCCCUGGAAAUCGUUGCUGUUUCGGCGGCAUUCGGUGAGCUCUCCCUGGCUCUUGAAAGUCCGGGGGAGAGGGUGUAAAUCUCACGCCGGGCAAUAUUACUUUACUAUAUCCGCAGCAGGUCUCCAAGGUGAACAGGCUCUGGCAUGUUAUAACAAUGUAGGUAAGGGAAGUUGGCAGAAAAGAUGCGUAACUUCGGGAUAAGGAUUGGCUCUAAGGGCUGGGUCGGUCAAGCUGGGGUGCGAAGUGCGGCUGGGCUCGAACCGCGGCUGGGGGAGCAGUCCCUCCGUCACCCUCCUCUCACCACCAUUUAAUUGUGUGGUCCAUCUUGUGGCCUCGCAAGGGGCUGCGUGCUGGGAUUCGUUGGGAUGGUGUCUGUCGGCGGGCCAAAGGCGGACUGGUGGGGGGUACGGCGGAUCUCCAGCUAUGGCGCUCGCCUGCCCCACGCAUUGUAGGUGGCGAGGUCGCCUCAAGUCUAGUGAGCGUUGAGGAGGAGACUAGACCCAAUGGCCCUGCAUUGCAUGGAUCUGGCUCAUGCCUUAUGAAGUGGGGAGAGGUAUCUCCAGCUUGUCUGGGGAGGGAAGCCAACAUCUGUGGGUAGUACCAUCCAUGCCCAGGGAUUUGUAUGUAGCAGAGCAGCUCACUCGCUGCAAUCUAUUGAAAGUCAGCCCUCGAUCCUCGAGCACUCAGGCCAUGGAUGUUGGUGUGGGGACAGCAGAAAAAAGCGGGCGGAUCACCCAGAGCCUGUUUUUGAAUUACCACGUGCACAGAGCCUGUUUCGACAGCGGGACUGUAGACGUUUUAGUAAUUCCAGGGAGUAAGCCAAGGGAAAGGGGUGUUGACCGGGUAGAGAGAGUAGGUGUGAAGGUCUGUAGUUCCAGGGAGUAAGCUAUACACACUCAGGUCCAGGGAGAGGGUGGGCAGAGAGUAUAGGCCUAGAGACCAGGAAUCAGAGGUCACCAGGUCAAUAGGGGGCCUGCUUGGAGGUCAGGAAGGCCCAAGUGAAUAGGUGUGUGACACUGUCCUUCAGGGGUGCAGAGCAGGCAACUUAAUGUAAAAUCGUUUGAGAUGAAAAUGGACAAACUGAAGGGUGUGCAAUGUGUAGGCCCACUGAGUGUACAUUCUGAACCUUGGAAGUCAGAAGGUCACAUGACUAAGGAGCUAUUGAAAUUCAAAUGUAAAAAAAGUUUGUACAUUGUUUACGCCCCCUAACUAAUUCAACUAGGAAUACAAAAUGCUGCUCACAUGUUUAUUAGCUUUGGAAAGUGAAUUAAUGUCCAAAUCGUGAAAAUAAGACCUGUGCUGUAACAAAAUCUAACCAUGAAUAAAAGUCCAAUGUUGGUAGUGACUGCCCAUUACUGCUUAACAUGUAUUAACCAUUAUUCAUAUUACUUUACUGUAAUUUUAAUCGCUCCGCACUACCUGUAAUUUAAUUUGCAUGUGUUCAUCCCAUUGUGUUUUCAUGGGCAAUGAGUAAUUUAUAAUAGGGCCUAUUGUUUAACCAGACAUCUGAUUCAAGUUGUCCAACUGGUUUUUGUAGACAUCAUGGCCCCAAUAAUCAUGUCUCCAUUUUAUCACAUCGCUACAUGACAGACUGGAGAGUAAUUCUUAUCUGUAAUAUUUUGUGUUAAAUCAUGAACAAUUGGUUUCACCGUGCUUGAAUUAUGCUGUUUAACAUAAUCAUUCAUGUCCUGAUAUGCUGGAAAUUAGUUGUAAGAAUUUUUUGCACUGGGAAUUCUCAAUACUUUGUAUGAUUUGUGUCACUGUUUGUAUGUGGAUUGCUUAAACUGCAUUUUGAGUUGUCUUAUCAAUAAUGUUGUUUUUAUUGCAUCUUUUCAAUAAAUUCUAAUGUAAUAA